UUUCCUUCUCCUGGGUGUGCCGAAAGGGAGUGUCAGGUGUCAGAGUUACUGACUAAAAAUUACCCCGUUCCUUUUCGUGCUCCAAGCCUUGAGCUUUACACACAUUACUGUACCAUAUUUGUUCUCAAUAAAAUGUUUUACUUUCUUACAAUAAGAAUAGGUACCAAUACAAAAAAAAUCAUUUCAAUUGGAACGUGAAAUGGAACGUUUUAUAACGGUCGUCGCCAUCGGUCGAUCAGCAGGGGUCAGGGGUGUAUGUGCGUCUCUGAAUUAAUAAUAAUACAGGCGCGCGGGCAUUCAUCGUUUCACCCUGUUGUUUAUCUUUAUCCCCUACUUUACAACCGCCUAUUACCUGCGCGCUGCGCGGUCGUUAUUCCAUUUUGAGAUUUGGGAGCGAACGUUGACGGUUACAUAUUUUAUUUAGAAUUUUGUAAGUUCGUUAUUUAUGAAUAUAAAGUGAUUUUAAAAACUAUUUAAAUUGUUAAAUAAUAAUGUUUUCUAAAGCAAAGCGAUUUGAGCCACUCGCACCAACUGAUUCUGCUAAAAAAGGUCAGAAUAAGCCAAUUAAACAAGAAAAUGAGAAACAAAAAGUUAUUACAAAACCUGCCACAACAGCGGUCAAACCAAAACCAUUUGUUAUACCAACAAGUUCUAAGAUCAGUAGUGAUGUGCAAUCUCAGUGUAGUUCCAUACACAGCGUCAGGUCAUUUGCAACACCAAAGCCACUGAAAACCACAUCUACUGUCAAAGCUCCUGCCAGCCUAAAAAAAAGGAAUGAACAAACAAAUUCUAAGAUCAAGAAUGAAACUGCAAAAGAACUAAUUAAAUCACAGGAAGUAGAAAUUAGAAAUAAAGAUCACACUAUUGCUGAAUACAUAAAACAAAUUGAAGAAUUCAAACAAACCAUUUCUCAGCUGGAGAAACAAGUGAAGCAAGUUCGACAGAGUAAUGUGAACAACUUGGAUAGACAAUUUUCACAGAUCACAAUAGAAGAUUCUGAACUCCAACAGGAUCAGAUAGAAACAGUAGUCCAAAAUGGAGAUAACUAUUUUAUUAAUCAAAUGAACAGCAAAAUAUAUGAAUUGGAAAAACAAUGUGAAAAGUUGGAACAAGAAGUUACUGAUAAGCAAUUAGAACUAAGAUCUGUUGAAGAAAUUAUCACUAUUAGAGAUAGUUUAUGCCAGGACCUACAACUUAAAUUAACAAAGGCUGAAACAGAUUUGGAGGAAACUAUUCAAAGACUUGAAAUGGUAAAAGGACACCAUGCUCUUGCUUUGGAAGCAAAUGAGAGCAUCCGACGUGAAUACAAGGCGGAGCUGGAAACUUUGAAAUCCAAAUUGGAAGAGGAAAAGCAAGCAAUAAUUAACAAAUCAAAGUCAGAUCAAGAAAAUCUUAAAUCAAAUUAUAAAACAUUAAUGGAAUCAAUUAAAAAUCAAAUGCUCAAAGAAAAAGACGAGGCUGUGCAGGAACUUCAAAAUGAAUUAAUGAGCAAAGACAAUGAAAUGAAAGCUAAGAUAGAGCAAAUCAAUGAAGCUACUCGGGAAAAGUUACGACUUUGCGAAAUACAGUUUGAGGAGCGGACUAGAAGCAUUCAAGAUGACUACACACAACAGCAAAAUAAAAUUCUACAUCUAGAAAACGAAACCAGGGACUUAAAAUAUAAAAUAACUUUAAUAGGUGAAGAAAAAAUGAGCCUUCAGAAAGAAAUAAAUGAUCUUAAAACCAUAAAUGACUCAUUAAACAAAGAAAAACAGAUCCUCAUUGAGGAAAGAGAUGAGUUAAAAGAGGAUGCUAAGAAAAAGCUCAUAGAUUUUGAAAAUGAAAAAAAUAAACUAACUGUUGAAGUAGAUAAAGCUAUAAAGGAUAAGAAUAAAUUUGAAACAUCUCUCUCUGUAACUAGAGAUAUUGUAGAAGUUUUGACUAUGCGAUUGAGGGAAUCUGAUAACGAAUUAGAACACUUGGAAGAUAAAAUACAAACACUAAUGAAUACAAAAGAAAUUUUGGAAAAUGAACUUGAAAAUUAUAAAACUACUUUAAAUAAUACUGCAAUGGAAUGUAAUGAAUACAAGGAGGCUUUAGUAAAUAUAUUAAAAUCCAAAGCAGCAUUAGCCAAAGAACAUAAUCGCAUUAUGGAGCACAAUGUUUCAUUGAUAGAAAGCUUACAAAAUGUAGAAAAAGAAGCUUAUCGUGAACUAGGCACUAUCAAAAAUGAGCUGAUAGAAGAUGUAGAGCUAUUGAAAAAAGAGUCUAAUUCGCAAAUUCAAUUACUUCGUGAGGAGGUUGAGAAGAAACGCAAACUUUGCGAGAUGGCUACCGAACAUGCAGGGCAGGCUACAGCUGCCGCUGAGCAGUCACGAGUGUUGCUUGCGCAGGCCGCAGCCGAAAUCAAUCGGCUUGAAUCUGAAAACCAAUGCCUACAACAACAGAUCCAAGACCAACAAUCUCUAGUGGUUGAGUUAUCGCUGCUACGUCAAGAAAACGAGGAGUUAACAAUGACGAUAGCUAAACAGUCUUCAAUUAUUGAUAAAAUGAAGAAAGACUCUGAACAGUUACAGUACAAACCCAAAUCGCCUUCCGUUCUACGAAAGUCGUCUAAAAUUGGAAAAGAAAACUUGCAGACGAUUAUAUCGCCUUUGCGUGAACGUAAUCAUUAAAACGAAAUUGACCAGCCUCGUUACCAUUAUACUUAUUUGUGACAUUAUAUUUGACGAAAUGUUAUACGAAUCGAGUUUGCAAUGUGUUUUUGAAAUUGUUAUUUAUAAAAAUGUUCAUUAUCAAAACAAUGUUGAAUUUUGCACCAAAACCUAAUUUAUUCAUAAUUCUAAUUAAGUUGUUCUAUUAAUUAUUUAUACUUUUUCGGCAUUUUUGUUUAUUUUUUAUUGAUAACCAUACAGGGCAUGGCCAACGAGACAUAGGCCCUAUCACUCGCUAUAAAAAUAUUAAAUUGACUCUUUUUUUCUAUUACAUUCUUGUAAAGUUAAUUUACCUAGCAGACGACGUUUAAUAGUGUCUCGUUGGCAUUGCACCUCGUGAUAUCUAAAGCGUAUACCACUACUAUUAUUUGUAGUGUUUCGUGUAAAAAUAAAACUAUCCAAAG